CACGGUCAACGCGCUCCCACAACAACGCUUCCACAACACUACACCCUCCCUUUCACUCCGCCCACCGGCGUCUGGGCCACAACCUCCGACCCACUGACAUGCUGGCAAUAACACCAUAGGCUACUGCCUCAAUCCUCUUAAUUUCGGGUGGACCAGCUCCACGAACGGAGCCGCAGCAAACCUCUCGGCGCAAUCCAUACUGCGAAGCUCGCCGACCGAAUGCGCACGAACCCUACGAUUUGCUCCGACAGAAGUGAGGAAGCGCUGGGGUGCUGGACAGGAUAGAUAAGGUUGCAGAGCAGCCUUGGGCUGCAGCAGCUUCAACCAUGGCAACGCAUAAUGUGGAAGCCAUGGCCUCGAAGCUGGAGGAUCCCGCGACAGAUAUCCGGAUAAAGGCCAAUGUGGCCAUCGAUAUACGGGACAACAUCGAGAGCUACUGCCAGGGCCCGCAGUACGGCACAUUCUUGAACCACCUGAUACCCGCUUUCCUCGCUGUGCUCGAUGGAAAUCCCGUCUUCGUUUCCACCUCCGCAGAGCAGCGACUGCGCAAUUGCAUCCUUGAGAUCCUUCACCGUCUCCCCAUGACCCCGAUCGAAGCCGUCGAGCCGCAUGCGACCAAAGUAGUGGACAAGCUCAUGGGCUUAGUAAAGACCGAAAACGAGGAUAACGCAGUCCUGUGCAUCAAGAUCAUAAUGGAUUUCUUGCGACACCAGACGAAGGCGCUCGCAGAUCGGGUCCAGCCUUUCCUCGACCUUAUUCAAGAGAUGUUUGAGUCCAUGGAACAGGUGGUGCAGGACACCUUUGACAACCCCUCCGCGGCGCCGGCAGCUCCAGUCGUCCCUUCUACGCCUUCGAAUCAACAGUACUCCCAAUCUCCUCGUCCAGGUUCGCCAGCAACGUCACUAACAGCUGGCUCCUCGGGAGACAUCGGAUCCGAACAACAACAGUCCGUUAUGCUGUUAAAGGGCAUGCAGUCUUUCAAGGUUCUUGCCGAGUGUCCCAUUAUCGUCGUAUCGCUUUUCCAGGCAUAUAGAAGCUGUGUCACUAAGAAUGUCAAAGCUUUUGUGCCUCUCAUCAAGAGCGUUCUCCUUCUGCAAGCGAAGCCGCAGGAAAAAGCACACUUGGAAGCGAAGGCGCAGGGGAAGAUAUUUACCGGAGUCAGCAAAGAUAUAAAGAACCGUGCUGCUUUUGGAGACUUCAUCACCGCUCAGGUCAAGACAAUGAGCUUUUUGGCAUAUCUUCUCCGCGUCUAUGCGCAGUACUUGCAAGACUUCCUACCCACGCUGCCGGACAUAGUGGUUCGACUGUUACAGGACUGCCCUCGGGAGAAGUCAGGGGCACGUAAGGAGUUGCUCGUCGCUAUCCGGCAUAUUGUCAAUUUCAAUUUUAGGAAGAUUUUUCUUAAGAACAUCGAUCUCCUCCUUGAUGAGCGCACCCUGAUCGGCGAUGGGUUGACGGUGUACGAUACCAUGAGGCCACUGGCGUAUAGCAUGCUCGCCGACCUCAUCCAUCACUUGCGCGAUCAUUUGACCAAGGAGCAGAUACGACGCACAGUGGAAGUCUACACGAACAACCUCCACGACUCUUACCCGGGCACGAGCUUCCAGACCAUGAGCGCGAAACUCCUCCUUAACAUGGCAGAGUGCAUUGCCAAGCUGGAACCCAAGGAAGACGCGCGCUACUUUUUGGUCAUGAUCCUGAACGCCAUCGGUGAUAAGUUCGCCGCCAUGAACCGCCAGUAUCAUAACGCCGUUAAGUUAUCGGAGCAGUAUAAGCCGCCGUCCAUUGAUGCCGUCCCCGAGAACCAUAUGGCCCAGAAGGACCAACCGCCAGACUGGGAUGAAAUAGAUAUCUACUCUGCGACUCCUAUCAAGUCCCAGAAUCCUCGUGAUAAGAGUUCUGAUCCUAUUGCGGACAAUAAGUUCCUAUUCCGGAAUCUGCUUCACGGUCUUAAGAACAUGUUCUAUCAGCUCCGGGCUUGCAACCCGUCCAAGAUCAAGGAAGAAAUCGAUACUGCCAACGCCUCUGCGAACUGGCAUGAGGUCUCGUUUGGCUACAAUGCUGAAGAGGUGGCUGUUCUCAUCAAACUCUUCAGAGAGGGCGCGAGGGUUUUCCGAUAUUACGGUACUGAUAAACCAGGAGCGGACAUGCAGGGACAGACUCCGGUCGAUGCCAUGGCCAUCCAACAGACUAUGCAGAGCGGAAAGGAGGAGAAGGAAUUGCUCGAGACCUUCGCAACCGUCUUCCACCACAUUGACCCGGCCACCUUCCACGAAAUCUUUUCGUCAGAGAUCCCUCAUUUGUAUGACAUGAUGUUCGAUCACUCGGCACUGGUUGCUGUUCCUCAAUUCUUGCUCGCUAGCGAGGCCACCUCGCCUAGUUUUGCAGGCAUGCUUUUGCAAUUCCUCAUGGACCGAAUCGAGGAGGUGGGGACUGCGGACAUAAAAAAGUCGUCAAUAUUGUUGCGGCUUUUCAAGCUAUCCUUCAUGGCUGUCACGCUGUUCGCGUCUCAAAACGAGCAAGUCCUUCUACCCCACGUGCGAGCGAUCAUCAUCAAAUCAAUCCAACUCUCCACCACCGCCGAGGAACCUACGAACUAUUUCCUCUUGCUCCGCUCACUCUUCCGCAGUAUCGGCGGAGGACGCUUUGAGCAUCUAUACAAGGAGAUUCUUCCGCUGCUUGAAAUGCUGCUUGAUGUGUUGAACAACCUCCUCGUCAAUGCGCGCAAGCCUUCCGAACGAGACCUGUUUGUAGAACUCUCCUUGACGGUACCAGCCCGUUUGAGCAACCUGUUACCUCACCUAUCGUAUCUGAUGAGGCCCUUGGUUGUAGCCCUGCGUGCUGGCUCGGAUCUCGUCGGUCAAGGGCUGCGUACGUUGGAGCUUUGCGUCGACAAUCUGACAGCCGACUAUCUAGAUCCCAUUAUGGCGCCCGUCAUUGACGAACUCAUGGCGGCCUUGUGGGACCACCUCAAGCCGGCCCCUUAUAGCCAUUUCCACUCACAUACCACGAUGCGCAUACUGGGAAAGCUCGGGGGCCGGAAUCGGAAAUUCAUCACUGGCCCCCCAAACCUCGAAUGGAAGCCAUAUUCUGAUGACGCGUCGUCCAUUGACAUUCGACUCAUUGGAUCUACGAAAGAUAGAGCUUUUCCUGCGGCCAUUGGAAUCGACACUGCUAUAGCCAAACUGCAUGAAGUCGCAAAUCCCAAACAACCAGCUGCGCAGAAGUCCGAUCCAUUUACAAAGCAACAGGCGUUUCGACUUGUCAUGUCACACACCAAACUUUUGGUGGGAUUUGAGAGUCUCCCCGACGACUUUGCGCAAUUGGUGCGGCUUCAAGCCACUGAUCUGUUGGCAAGAAAAGUUGAUGAUGGGGUGGACAUCUUUGCGACCUCUGAUCGCGGACGGUCCGUCAGCAAAAAGAAUGUCGAGCAACACACUCUCAAAAAGCUGCUCAAGGCUUGCUUAUUCGCGACGUCUUUGCCGGACUUGGAAGCCGAUGCAACAGCCAUGGUGACAAGCCUCGCUCAACACUUCACCCUCCUGGAAGUAGGGAACCAAUUCGCCACGCUCAAGCACAAGGCCAAACCGUUCGAUGUCAAUUCCGGGGAGGGCCCUGUUCACAUAGAUACCGAUGUCUUUGUCGAUGCUCUUGUGGAGUCUCUGUCAUCGGACCAUGCUAUAGUGCGGGAUGCCGCAGAGCGUGCCAUCCUCACCAUGCGCGAUUCGGCAAGGGUCAUAUUCGGCUCAGAAGACAACCUGAACAAGUUUCCAUACUUUGACGAGAUCGCGAAAAGCUUUUGCCACUGCUGCCAUGCCGAAGAUUGGUUUAUGAAGUCCGGAGGGACUCGGGGGAUCUCCAUCCUCAUUCACAAGCUCGGCCUUAGCAGGGAGUGGAAGAUCAGAUGGCAAUCUCAACUCAUCCAGGCACUGAAUUUCGUCAUGAAGGACAUGCCAGCCGACCUGAAUGCGAGAACGCGAGUGCAGGCUGAGGGGCUGAUCCUGGACCUGAUCCGCUCGUGUCAUCAGACCACAUCCAAGGAGGACCUGGAGAAAAAGGACAGCCAUCUCCUCAAACUUUGCAAACAGCUGGUGGGUGACUUGGCACAUAUGAACAAGCAUGUGAGAGAUGCCACACAGAAGGCGUUCCACGUCCUCGCUGAAGUCACCGGCCUUGGGGUUCACGAGCUGAUACUGCCCGUGAAAGACACACUCUUUAUGCCCAUCUGGACAAAGCCUCUCCGCGCACUACCUUUCAGCAUACAGAUUGCAUACAUUGACACCAUUAAUUUUGGGCUCAAGUUGCGCCACAACAUCCUCGAAUUCGACGAUAAACUGAAUCGGUUACUCAUGGAAUCACUAGCCCUAGCCGAUGCUGAUGACGAGGGAUUAGCGAGUAAGCCUUAUGAGCAGCGGAAUGCUGAGCAUAUUAUCAACCUCAGAGUUGCGUGCAUUCGCCUCCUCUCAACGGCUCAGAGUUAUCCUGAGUACAAUACGACCCCUCCGAACCAGACAUUCUUACGCAUCAUUUCCGUGUUCUUCAAAUGUCUUUACUCGAAAUCCCCCGAAGUCGUGGAUGCGGCAAAUGCUGGCUUGUCUGGCGUCAUCUCCGCCACCAACAAGUUGCCGAAGGAUGUUCUGCAGACUGGACUCCGUCCUAUCCUUGUAAAUCUUCAGGAUCCACGGAAGCUUACAAUCGAGAAUCUGGAUGGCCUAGCGCGGCUGCUGAAGCUGUUGACCAACUAUUUCAAGGUGGAAAUCGGUACCCGUUUGCUGGACCAUAUGAAGAACAUUGCCGAUCCGACCAGCCUGCAGAAAAUCUCCUUCACCAUGAUUGAGCAGAACCCGAGGAUGAAACUUGUUACAGGCAUCUUCAACAUCUUUCAUCUCCUUCCUCCGGCCGCGGUGUCUUUCCUGCCCCAGGUAACAGAGCGCGUGAUUGAGUUGGAAACGGCACUGCGUCGCACCCACUAUAGCCCUUUCCGGAAACCGCUGGUCCAGUUUCUGUGCCUUUAUGCUAAGGAUGCGUGGGACUAUUUUGCCCCUCAUCUUCGCGAUCAGGCGCGUGGCCGGUUCUUUGCGCAGUUGCUCGAGAUGCAGUCCAGCGGCGCGCUGCGCCAGAAGGUCGCUGAAGAUGUGCCCAAGUUCAUGGAGGCUUUCCAGUUCGAGGGACCGGAGAAAGAAAAGUGCCGAGCGCAGCUCAAUGCUAUCCACAUUGCCUAUGCUAUGACUCAGUUCGACGAGACCAGCAAUUGGCUCGUCUCUAAGGAGGGCCUGAGGAAGGUGCUCUUUGAUGUCGCAAAGUCCCUCGAGAAGAAGCUCCGUGACAACACACUGGAGCCGGAGCUCCGGCUCGCCGCAGAACAGGCAGGCCACCAGGCUUUGGCCAUCUUCACAACAUACCUCAAACAUGAACCCCAGGACAUCGACUUCUUCUUUGAGCUCAUAGGUGCUGCCACCGCUUGCCAACUGAAGCAGGGGCCGCACCUCUUUGAUUUCAUCUACACGCAGAUCAUCUCGAGCGGAUCGGUUGAAUACUGGAGGACCGUCGUACACAAGUGCUUCGAUCUGUAUACUGCGCGUACCACGACACCGAUGACCAAGGCGUUCAUGUUCAGGUAUAUCGUCAACCCCAUCUUUGCGAUGGACAUCAAACGCAAUUGGGACAGCCUGUUUGGCGCCACGAAGGGAACCAAGCUCAUGGACCGUGCCAUGGUAGACUUGAUUCUCAGCCGACUCUGGAAGCCCCAAGCCGUAACUGACCUCGCUGAAGACACUGCUCAGUUUGGUGUCGACCACUCGCGCAUGGAAGAGUUCCAAUUCACCACACUGCUUCUGAAACACCAUUCUGGAAUGCUUGGAGAAGUGCGUCGAGAUGUUAUCAGGUUUGGCUGGCACUACAUCAAGCUCGAGGACAUUGUCAACAAGUAUGCGGCUUAUGUCCUCAUCGCCUUCUUCAUCGUCGUCUACGAUACACCAGCCAAGAUCGCACACCAGGUCUACCAAGCGCUUUUGAAAGCCCAUCAAAACGAGGGGAGAGCACUUGUGAUGCAAUCGUUAGAACUCUUAGCGCCAGUUCUGACCAAGCGCAUGGCGACACCUCCUGGCAAGCAGAAAGCUUCGCUUCCACAAUGGGCUCAGGCUCCCCGUCGCAUCUUGGCUGAAGAGAGUUCCAAUCUUCAGGGCCUAAUGAGUAUAUUCCAGUUCUUAGUGCGGCAUCCGGAUCUCUUUUAUGAGGCUCGCGAGCAUCUCUCGAGCAUAAUGAUUACCUCCCUCUCCAAGAUCGCUGCUCCGCCGAAUAACCCAUCAACGGAAGGGAAGAAGUUGGUGCUCAACAUUUUGAGUCUCAUCAAAACGUGGGAGGAACGCACGGUGAACGGAUCGGGGUCCGCCUUGUCUCCUGAAGCGUCGGUGGGAUCUCCUGAACAGCGCAAGAGGAGAGCCGACGGAACACUUGUGGCUCCCGGACCGCUUCCACCUGGAUUCGUUGCAAGUCAGAGCAUCCGCAUGAUCCUGAUCAAGUAUCUGAUUCAAUUCAUCGCCUAUCUUCCUGAACGCUACCCUGUCGCAACACCAAAACCCAAAGAGGGCCCCGCCCAUUCCCCGGAGGCUUGCAAGAAGGCCGUGCAUCUCCUGCGGGACCUUGUUCGGUUGUACAGCGAUCUGGAUCUGGACAUCCUCCUCACCAAAAAGAUUGAGGAGAUUCUGCUAACUGAAAUGACCCAAGACAAGGAGAAGAUGGAGGCGUUCUAUACUCGCAUGAUCAAUACGCUGCAGAUUUGCAAGGUCAUUGUCAACAUCAAAUCCGACGAGUGGGUACUCGAGCGCAUGAAACUGUGGGAAAAGAUACUGGACAAGGCGGUCCGCUCAGAGCAUGCCGAUGUGCAAGCCAGCCUUCAUGCUGCGGACGAUACCCCCGAGAUGAAGUUGCAACCUACCAUCAAGCGGAUACUGGAAGUGAUGCCAGAGCCGGUUACGGACGAGGAGGGCAAUUUUGAAGAAUCUCCGUCUACAGAGUUUGUCAAUUUCUUGGGCACCGUGGCUACGGAGGCACUCUCCAACUCCUCCUAUAUCUGUGCUGUGAACAUCCUUUGGACACUGUCCCAGAAACGACCGGAGGAGAUCGAUCAACACAUUGCACAGAUCAUGAAGGCGUUCCAAGGCAAGAUGGCUAAAGAUCAUCUGGCAGCCACCAUGCCGCCACAGGCAGGAGUUGGCCCACCACCAGCGAACCUCGACCCUCGCGAGACGGAGAUCCAGACGCGGUUGAUACUGCAAGUCAUCGACAUUCUUGCUUCCCGCAUGAAUGAGCUUGGAGAGCACCGCCGGCCCUACCUCAGUGUCCUCGCCUCUUUGGUGGAGAGAUCGCAGAGCGAGGAGGUGUGCAAUAAGAUAUUGGACUUGGUAGAGACCUGGAUCUUCCACUCGAGCGAGCCAGUCCCCACGUUGAAAGAGAAGACAGCGGUCCUAAGCAAGAUGCAAUCGUUUGAGCAGCGCCAAGAUCCAACCCUCUUAAAUCGCUUCUUGGAUCUUGUCAUCCGCAUUUAUGAAGAUCCCAAGAUUACACGGUCAGAGCUCACGGUUCGCAUGGAACAUGCCUUCCUUAUCGGUACCAGAGCGGUUGAUGUGAAGAUGCGGAAUCGGUACAUGGCCAUCUUCGAUAAGAGCAUAAGCCGGACGGCGUCCAGUCGCCUCAGCUAUGUCCUUGCAUCUCAGAAUUGGGAGGUCCUUCGCGACAGCUUUUGGCUCAGCCAAGUUAUUCAUCUCAUGUUUGGCUCCGUCGAACUGAACAUGCCAGCUCAGCUGCACGCGGAAGACUUCAAGCUCUUGCAGCCCAGCACUCUUUUUGGCACGUACAAGCAGGAUGCGCGAAUCGCAGAUGUCAUGGUGGACGAUGAGCUUGAAACGCUUGUCAAUAACCAGCGUCGUUUCUGUAACCAACUUGCCGAUGUGAAAGUCCGCGAUAUCUUUGAGCCUUUGGGACAUCUGCAGCAUGCAGAUCAUGGUCUUGCUCACGACAUCUGGGUGGCUCUCUUUCCCCUGGCUUGGACCGCCCUCACGAAAGACGACCAAAAUGAUCUGGAAAAAGGCAUGGUCACGCUGCUCACCAAGGACUACCAUUCGUCACAGAUCGACAAGCGGCCAAACUGUGUUGCCACUAUGCUUGAAGCCAUCGUCCACGCCCGGCCUCGUAUCAAGUUCCCUUCGCACAUUAUCAAGUAUCUUGCGAGAACGUACAAUGCAUGGUACACAGCAGCCGUAUACAUGGAAGAAUCUGCCAUCAGUCCCAUAGUUGACACAGCGGAGGUUCGGGAGAGCAACCUGGACGCGUUGCUAGAGAUAUAUGCUGGUUUACAAGAAGACGACCUCUUCUACGGCACCUGGCGUAGGCGCUGUCAGUUCUUAGAGACGAAUGCUGCGCUUUCAUACGAGCAGUGUGGCAUCUGGGAUAAGGCGCGCGAGAUGUAUGAACAGGCUCAAACCAAGGCACGAACAUCUGUGCUGCCUUUCUCGAGGGGCGAGUACAUGCUCUGGGAAGACCAUUGGGUCAUCUGCGCUCAGAAGCUGCAGCAGUGGGAGGUCCUGAGCGAUUUCGCCAAACACGAGAACUUCAAUGAUCUCUACCUGGAGGCAACAUGGCGCAGCUUUGACAUGUGGCAGAAUCCCGAACAGCGCGAGCAACUCGAUAGCAUCAUCAAAGCCGUCAGCGAUGCCCCGACUCCUCGUCGUGUCUUCUUCCAAACCUUCAUGGCCCUCCUCAAACUGCACAACAAGAUCGAGAGCCAAUCGGAGUUCAACCGCCUCUGCGACGAGUCGAUCCAACUGUCCAUCCGCAAAUGGCAUCAGCUGCCGCGGCGUAUCACCAAUGCGCACAUCCCCAUACUGCAGCAUUUCCAGCAGAUGGUCGAGCUCCACGACGCCAGUCUGAUUUGCCAAAGCUUAGCUGCGACUACUCAGGCCAAUCUGGACCACAAGUCUCAGGAGCUGAAACUCCAUCUCAGCACCUGGCGUGACCGCCUACCAAAUUUCUGGGACGACAUCAAUGCGUGGCAGGACCUUGUCACAUGGCGCCAGCACAUCUUCCAACUGAUCAAUGGUGUCUAUCUGCAGCUGCUGCCGGCGAAUCAGAGUAAUGCGACCGGAAACUCGUAUGCGUACCGUGGCUACCACGAGACAGCCUGGAUCAUCAAUAGAUUCGCCCACGUCGCCCGUAAGCAUAAUCUCCCUGAAGUGUGUAUUGCACAGCUCAGCCGUAUAUACACGCUGCCCAACAUCGAAAUCCAGGAAGCUUUCCUCAAGCUGAGGGAGCAGGCUAAGUGCCAUUACCAGAAUCGGGCAGAGUUGACUAAUGGCCUUGAUGUGAUCAACAACACAAACCUGAAUUACUUCGGCAACCAGCAAAAGGCCGAGUUCUAUACACUGAAGGGAAUGUUCCUUGCUCGUCUCGGCCAGAAGGUAGAUGCGAAUGAGGCAUUUGGUAGUGCCCUUUUCUUCGACCUCAAGCUCCCCAAGGCCUGGGCCGAAUGGGGCCGUUACAACGAUAUGCUUUUCAAGGAAGAUCCAGCGGAUCUAGAAAAGGCAGAGGCCGCGCUUUCCUGCUAUCUGGAGGCUGCAAGUCUGUUCAAGAAUGCUAAGUCGAGGAAGCUGCUGGGCCGCGUGCUUUGGUUGCUCAGCUUGGACAAUGCGCAGAGGCGGCUUGCAACGAAGUUCGAGGAGUUCAAAGGAGAUACCCCUGCAUGGUACUGGAUCACGUAUAUCCCGCAGCUUAUUCAGAGCCUGUCUCGUCCAGAGGCACCCAUUGCGAGACAGAUUCUCGCGAAACUGGCAAAGACCUAUCCCCAGGCUCUCUACUGUCAUCUGCGAACCGCAAGAGAGGACAUGGCAGCGCUUAGGAAGCAGCAUGAGAUAAAGGAGAGGCAGAAGCAGGCGCUCGCACACCAGCAACAGCAACAGCAGGCGCAGAGCUCACCAGCUCCAAAACCAUCACCAGAUCGACCCGCAUCCGCCGCCGGCCCUGGCGCUCAACCCACCCCCGGCGACACAACAAAACCCACGCCCAACGGCACUCCUAGCGUCAAGGUUGAGAAUGCGACCGACGGUCCUGCACCCGCAUCGGCAUCUGCGCCUGCAGCUACUGGUGCAGAAGCCACUCCAGCGCCGCCGCCGCCGCCGCCGAAGAGGCCAUGGGACCACGUCGAAGAAAUCGCCCAGAUUCUCAAGACGGCCUUUCCACUGCUUGCGUUAUCGAUCGAAACCAUGCUUGACCAGGUUCAACGGAACUUCAAGUGUCAACCGGACGAGGAUGCCUACCGCCUCAUCGUUGCCUUGCUCAAUGAUGGUCUCUCCUAUGUCGGUCGCCAGCCAGCCUCGUACACCCCUGAAGUACGGCUUCCCCCUUCGACUGAGGCCAACAUCACACGAUUUGCGGAGUCCGUUCUGCCAACACACAUCCGAAAGUCGUUUGAGAUGGAUUUUGUUGUGCACAAACCUACCAUGUACGAGUACAUACAGAAGCUGCGCGUCUGGAGGAACCGUUUCGAGGAGAGACUGGACCGCAGGAAGCUCUCCGUGCCGCUGGAGACCUUCACACACCAGCUAAAUGAGUUCCGCUUCCUCAAGUUUGACGACAUUGAAGUGCCCGGGCAGUAUCUACAGCACCGCGACAAGAACUCCGAUUUCGUGCGCAUUGACCGCUUCUUGCCUGAUGUCGACUUGGUUAGGGGCAUUGGCGUUUGCCACCGCCGUCUCAAGAUCCGUGGCCACGAUGGAAGUAUCCAUCCCUUUGCUAUCCAGUAUCCUGCAGCUAGAAACUCCAGGAGGGAAGAACGGAUCUUGCAACUCUUCCGCAUCUUCAAUGUCAUAUUAUCCAAACGAAAAGAGAGCCGUAGGCGUAAUCUUCAAUUUCACCUGCCGCUCAUCGUACCCAUUUCGCCUAGCAUGCGUAUGGUACAAGAUGAUGCCUCCUAUAUGAAUAUGCAGGGCAUUUACGAGGAUUAUUGCCGACUCAACGGCAUCAACAAGGAUGAGCCGGUGUUAUUCACUAUGGAGAAACUUCGUGCUCUUCAGCCUCAAAAGAACGUGGAUCAUGCGAACAACAUACGCGUGGAGACAUUUGCGGCAAUCCAGGAGAAGUACGUGCCGCCGACGAUCAUGCUUGACUAUUUCCGCUCGACCUAUCCAUCCUUUGACGAGUAUUGGCUGUUCCGCCGCACAUUUUCGUACCAGUUUGCGGCACUCACCUUCAUGACCUACGUCAUGCACAUGAACGCACGUCUCCCGCACAAGAUCAACAUAUCGCGCGGCUCUGGUCGGGUGUGGGGCACUGAGGCAAUUCCUAGUAUGGCGGGUCUGAAGCCGAUACUGCAUAACAACGAGUCCGUGCCAUUCCGCCUCUCGCCCAACCUGCAAACCCUCAUGGGUCCUCUCAACAUCGAGGGCAUCUUUGCACCAGCCAUCAUGAGCGUUGCGCGCUCUCUCAUCGAGCCCGAGGGUGAGCUCGAGAUGCAAUUGGCUGUCUUCAUGCGCGACGAGGUGACGCAUUGGUACGCGAGCCAGCGGAAGGAACUUGGGCCGGAUCUGCUGCGCGACGGCGUGUCGAAUAAUUCGGACCUUAUUGUCAAGCGGGCGACGAGUCUGGGAAGCUUGCCUACUAGCGGCAAUCUGCCGGCGAACCAGACGGUGGUGGACCUCAUCAGUCAGGCGGUUCAUCCGGUCAAGUUGGCCAUGACGGACCCGUUGUGGAUGGCAUAUUAUUAGAGGGGCGGAGGGAAAAGAAGGAUAGGAUGAUUUUUGGUCUUUGAGGAGUAUAGUCGGGUUCAGGAGUUUGGCGUCCCUGUGUUGGCGGAUUCUAUAGGGAAAGAGUACCCCCCGGGAUGUUUUGCAUGGUGUUUGGCGUCCCUCUCUGUGGAUACCAAAUACUGCUGGAGUUCUAGUUCGUCACGAUGUAUUAUCUAUGGCGAUGGUUAGCUGGGGAUGGCCAGCCAGCACGCCGUUCGAAGAUGGAAAGGCGUGCCUGAGGCUGCUAUCCUUUUGGCAUGAUUGAUGUAUUUGAAGGCUUGCAUGGAUUGGUGUUUUUCUAUGUGAGUAAUAUGGGGGUUUCGAACGCCGUAGUGUUUUAAUAGAUGGCGCUUUUGUGUUCAGU